CUGCUGCACACCGCAGAAGAAGAAGCUGUAGCUGCAUGCCUGUAACGAUGGCGGCCGCCCUGAGAGGAAGCUUAGUAACAUUGGUCAAGGGCCUGAGCAGCCCCCGGUGGCAGCAGCUGGCCUCUCGACCACUGAGUGUGUCCACUGCUCUCUGCAGCUCAGAGGCUCCGCCGGCCCGCGCUGAUGCUGUGUUCAAGGUCACGAUGGUGCCAGGGGAUGGAGUGGGACCUGAGCUGAUGACUGCUGUCAAGGAAGUGUUCAAGGCAGGAGACGUCCCGGUGGAAUUUGAGGAGUUUCACCUGAGCGAGGUUCAGAACAUGGCCAGUGAAGAGAAGCUGGACCAAGUGUUAAACUCUAUGAAGACCAACAAAGUGGCCAUGAAAGGAAAGAUUCACACACCCAUGGAGUUCAAAGGAGAGCUGGCUUCAUAUGAGAUGAGACUAAGGCGUAAACUGGACCUGUUUGCUAAUGUGGUCCAUGUGAACAGCCUGCCAGGCUACAGCACGCGCCACAACAACUUGGACUUGGUCAUCAUCCGCGAACAGACUGAGGGGGAGUACAGCUCCCUGGAGCAUGAGAGUGUGUCGGGUGUGAUCGAAUGUUUGAAGAUCAUCACCAGGGAGAAGUCACGGCGCAUUGCCAAGUUCGCUUUCGAUUACGCCACCAAGAAGGGACGAAGCAAGGUCACUGCUGUUCACAAGGCCAACAUAAUGAAACUAGGUGAUGGCCUGUUUCUGCAGAGCUGUGCGGAGGUGGCACAGCUGUACCCCAAAAUCAAAUACGAGAACAUAAUCAUUGAUAACUGUUGCAUGCAGCUGGUCCAGAACCCGUACCAGUUUGAUGUGCUGGUGAUGCCCAACCUGUACGGUAACAUUAUUGAUAACCUGGCGGCGGGGCUGGUUGGAGGAGCAGGAGUUGUUCCUGGGGAAAGCUACAGUGCAGAAUAUGCUGUGUUUGAGACUGGUGCACGCCACCCCUUUGCACAGGCUGUAGGAAGGAACAUUGCCAACCCCACAGCCAUGCUGCUCAGUGCUGCUAACAUGCUCAGGCACCUCAACCUGGAGUAUCACUCCCAUAUGGUGUCAGAUGCUGUCAAGAGGGUCAUCAAACAGGGCAAGGUACGGACACGGGACCUUGGCGGUUACUCUACCACCAGCGACUUUGUGCGUGCUGUUGUGGAAAACCUGCGUCACCGACCUGUUUGCUAAGAUGUUUCAUCGCACUCUUCACUGACAUUUCCUUAAAUGUGGACAUUGCUUUUAACAUGAACUGGACGCAUGUUAAGACUGGCGUCCCUUCUCAUUGCUUAAAGACAAUUGAGCCAUUAGUUACAUCAUAAGUUAUGUGGUUUAUACCGCAUUUGCUCAUACAUCCAGUGGACUCAGCGGUGCCUUGUGUUGUACUUUACUCAAAAAUGUGCAGUUCUCUCAUAGAUUUGCAUCAUUCAUCAAUAUUAUCUCGACACCUUCCCCCAACUAUGGGGGAAGGUGUCGAUUCUUAGCAUCUUUUUGCUUUUGCAGUUUCUACAUGGCUUAUUAAUCUGGGAGAGCUUUUUGUCUGCCCAUUUUCAUGACCCUGUGCUUGUUCCGUCAGCCAUGUUGGCCACACAGACAGUCUCCCUCUGCUUGGGCUGGACGAUACCAAAAAAAUCAUACAUCACGGUAUUUUUUUUACCAAAUACCUCGAUAUCGAUAGUGCAACGAUAUUGUAGGGUUGACUGUUGGUACUGUCACAAAAUAUUGACACAAUGAGAUUUUUAAUCAUGAGUAAUGUGGAUAUAUUGACUAAGUGGUUAAAGGCAAAUAGAACAGCUAGAACAGUCUGGUAACUUCAGAAAAUGACAUCACUCUACUGUAACGCAGGCUUUAACACCAGGAAAAGAUGACACUUAACUUAUAACCAUAUCUAAAAUCUAGGACAGUAUCUGGUCCAUAAAGCCACCAGACUGCCUUUAUCAGCAGUUUAUAUCAGCUUAUCUGCUUUUGCCUCACACUUCACUAACUCACCUCACUUUUAUCUCAUUUUCUGACUGCCUCCUAUUAACUGUGUUAGUAUACAGUACGAUAACAUCAUGAUCCAUUAAUACCCUAUCAUUUGAUUUCUGUUUCCAUUGAUUUACCAUAUGGCCAAGGCAAACCUAUCCUAAUGCAAAAUGCAUGUUUCUUGCAGUGAGAUUAAAAUACUGUUGAUAUUUUAACAUUAAGAUCUAAAGAAAACCAAAAAUAUCCAGUUCUUUCAGGCACUACUAUACUGACUGUGAAAUAACUUUCAGGUGCUGCAACAAAAUGAGAACUUUUAUAAUAAUUCUACAGUUUCAUAGCCACAGAAAACCUCCCUGUGUGAUGGCCAUAAAGCUAGUCUGAAUCAUACAUUGGUAUAGUGUAGAUUAUUUGAUACAUUUUUAGUCUUUUGACAAAAAAACAAAAUGGGUUCAUUCAUAUUUUUUACAUUUAUACAUCAUCUCCUAGGACUCACAUAAACAGAUUUUGUAUAAGAUGGUGCUGCCUGUUACCACAGAGCUUUUUUCAGGCCAUUGAUGAGAAUUUAAAACACUGCUUUUUGUCUUACUGUGCCACAAUUUAAGACUUCACAAUUUGUUCGCUGUUCACCACAAAUAAUGAAAGAUAAAUUAAUAUAUUACUCACUCCACUCAUGUUUUGACCUUUGGGUUUAAUCUAACUUUUCAAACUUUCUGGAGAAUUUGUACCACCAACAGUGUAAACAGUGUCAUGUCCUUUGUGUUCAUCAGAUGUUCUUUAUUGAGAUUUCAUACCUGCAUAUUUAAGCUUGUCAAAAGUGUGAUGUGAUAAUGAAUAAAUAACAUUCUGUUGUCUCUUAA